CUAAUGGACCAAUCAAAUCAGUCCACAGCUUCAAAUCAUCCAAUCAGGUGUGAGUCUGGACCUGGUUUUCUACUGAACACACAAGUUCAUUAGAUCACUUGGUCUGAACAGGAACGAUGAUCAGACUCUUUGUCGCUCUUUGUGCUCUUUUUUCUCUCUUCACAGCUGUGAAAACUUCUGACAUCAAGGAGAUUGAUGUGAUAACAGUAAAGCGUGGAGAAGAUGUAACUAUGAAGUGUAACACUGAAAGUGUCACAAAGAAAGAUAAUGUAGUUUGGUACAGACAGAGUUCAGGAAAAUUACCUCAGUAUUUUGCAAAACUAUACAAGAACAAUUUGGGCUACAAAUUUGAUGAAGGAUUUAAUGAUUCUCGUUUCAGUAUUAGUGUAAAUGACAAUAAAUUUGAUCUCAGUAUUAAAAAAACAACAGAAGAUGAUAAAGGAGAAUAUUUCUGUGGAGAAAUGGAAGGAAAUGUAGUGAAGUUCACAUCUGGAACACGUCUGCAAUUUGAAGAUAAAGAGAUGACAAACCGUAAUACAUCUGGAACAACACACAGAGAUUCAUCCAGCAGCCCAGAAACAAAUGCUUCAUCAAGCAACCAUCAAAUUCCCACCAAUCAGACUGCUGCUGCUGCUGAUGAUGUCUUGAACUAUGCAGCUGUGAGUUUUGCUAAAACACCUUCAUCCUCCAGAACAUCCAGAGCCAAGAGCCAUGAAGACGUUUACGCUCAUGUUAAAAUAAAAUAG